AUGUACAUAAUUCAAAGUGAGCGGCGUUUCCUCGGGCAAUCGCUAUUGACUUUUCUCAGCGAGUUGAUCUAUCUUUAUGGAACAUUCUGGAUUGGAUUCAAAUAUCUUCAUCUUGGUGAUGCGAAAUUCAACGCGAACAUGAACUUCAUCACAAGACCUAUCUCCGUCGGACUUACUCCAAUAUACUAUAUAAUGUUUUCGAAAGAAAUUCGUCGUGAUGUGCUGGCAAUGAUACCUUGCCGUACGAGAUUGAGACAUCUUUUGCGUUAUCGUGUAGGGAACAAAUAG